AUGAAGAAUGAUUGAAGAUUUUAUUAAAUUAAUUUCAGGUUUUUUUCUUUCAAUUUUCCCAUGAAAUUACGGAAUUCAAAUUUUCCCGCACUGAAUAUCUGAUGCAGUCCCUACUUCCGGAUAGUCUGUCCGAUGAUUGGUUGAUACCCCUCCCCUCCACCCCAACUAAUUUUCAAACAACGUGAUUCACAGACAAACGCGUCUGUUUUCCAACGUAUUUUCAAACCCGUCAAGCAUACGGUUGGUCCCUGUCAUUUUUCCAAGAUUUGUAGUGUUUUUGAGUCGAGGCAGGGAUCAGGAGUCUCCUGAAUAAUAGAAAAGUAGUGAGAGGUGCUCUGGAAUCAUGAAGUCAUCCCGUCCGAAGGCCCCGAUGUCCGCACGUAAACCAACGCGCCCACGGCUCCAGCAAGCGCUGUCAAAGGACCCAGUGCAGGUCUACUGUCGAGUACGCCCAAUGCAGAGUCUAUCUGAUGUUACUUGCAUGAAAGUGAUCUCUCCUACAACAAUCUUCAUAACGCCCCCCGAGUCCUCCACAAACUUUCGCUCCACCACGAAAGAGAUCCAGACAACGUUCACAAAAGUGUUCACCCCCGACGUCUCCCAAGGAGAAAUCUUCAACUCCGUCGCACUGCCCCUUGUCGAGAACCUCAUUCACUCGAAGAACUCCCUCCUUUUCACAUACGGUGUAACGGGCUCGGGGAAAACCUUCACAAUGACCGGCGAGCCGCAGAAUUCCGGGAUAAUGCCGCGUUGCCUGGACGUUCUCUUCAACAGCAUCUCCUCAUACCAAGCGAAGAAAUUUGUCUUCAAACCAGACCCUUUCAACACCUUUGAGAUCCAGAGUGAAACGGAUGCGAUGUUGGAUCGGCAAUCAGAGCUACACGCCGGCCUGACGACCCCCCGACCCCAGAAAAGCAAAUUCAGACGUCAGGACAGUGACACCGACAGCAAUCCCCCACUGCCACGAUCGCCUGACGAAUCCCAAUCGCUAGCGGUAGAUGAGGACAGUGUCUACGCCGUUUUCAUAACCUACGUCGAGAUAUAUAAUAACUCUGUGUAUGAUCUUCUCGAUGAUGAGGAGCCGAAAGGCAAAACCCUCCAGUCCAAGAUCCUCCGUGAGGACGGAAAUAAGAAUAUGUACGUGCACAUGGUGACACAGAUUGAGGUAAAGAGCUCUGACGAAGCCUUUGAGGCAUUCAGGAGGGGCCAGAGGAAGCGGAGAGUAGCUCACACUGCGCUCAACGCUGAAUCUUCACGGUCACACUCGGUCUUCACAAUCAGAUUAGUGCAGGGACCAUUAGACAGCCAAGGAGAGAACGUCGUUGACGACAAGAGGCUGAUAGGAAUUUCUCAGCUUUCGCUGGUGGACCUCGCGGGAUCAGAGAGAACAAAUAGAACGAAGAAUACCGGACAGCGGCUACGGGAGGCCGGCAACAUAAAUAAUUCUUUGAUGACCCUGAGGUCGUGCUUGGAGAUACUGCGAGAGAAUCAGACAACUAGCAGCGCCAAGAUCGUCCCCUACAGAGACUCAAAAUUGACACAUCUGUUCAAAAAUUACUUCGAUGGUGAGGGCAAAGUCAAGAUGAUUGUCUGUGUGAAUCCCAGGGCCGACGAUUAUGACGAGACGAUUCAAGUUAUGAAAUUUGCGGAAAUGACGCAGGAAGUGCAGGUUGCACGUCCCAUUGUUCCUAAGAUCGAUCUCGGCUUCACCCCGGGAAGGAGACAGGCGAACAAGAUUUUCAAAGAGGCCAGAAGUCGCCUGGAGGGAAUGGGGAGGCCUGAGGCUGCUGAUCUAGAUCUUGAUCUCGGACUUGUAUACUCGCUUGGAGGAGCCUUCCCUCCGAUGGAGGUAAAUAAUCCUCAUCAUGACGAAAUUAUCACAAGUCUGAUGAGAUUUUUGGAGCACAGAAUCGCCAGAAGAAACCUGUUGAGAUCUGAUUUGGAGAGUAAACAGAAUGACUUCAGAAAAAUGCUCCAUAAUAUGGAACAGGAGAAUAUAACGUACAAGGUUGAGAAUGCCUCACUAAAGGCUGCCAACUCCCAGCAGAAAAAGAAACUCAGCACUCUGGAGGAUCAUGUCUGUAAGACUGAAACACAAAUCGACAGUCUUCUGAGAAAGCUCAACGCUGCGAAUGAGACGAUACAGAAGCUCCAGGCAGAGCUGAGAGACAAGGAUCUUUGUCUUAACCAGAGGCUCAUUGAGAAGCAAAAGGUGAAGCAGAGGUUCAAUACCAAGAUGCAGCAAGAGACUGAUAAGAUGAAUAAAGAGCUCGAAAUGAAACUGAGGCAGCAAAGGCUGAGAAUGCAGAACCAGACGAAAGCCACUGAGGACAGGCUGAGACUUGUAAAAAAGAUCCUGGAUGACGAUGGCAAUAUCGUCAUUCCUGUGGAGAAGGAGAGAGUCGAGGAGCGAAUCCCUGAGACUGUCUCCGGAAAAAUUGCUGCUGCUGACAACAGAUCUAGGAGGGAUAAAGUACCCGUAGCCAAUUUGAGACACAGAAGGAGUCAGAGUGCUGAUCGCUGGGUUGACCAUAGGCCUGGGGCUCUAGUGCCCAUUGGUACUGUUCUACAGCCCUUAAUGAGAAGAAGGAGAAGCAUUACGAAGCUGACGGAUCCGAAAGAGAUCACUGAUGGGGCCUCCAAGUAUUGUCUCAUUGCGCAGGAACAGGACACUGAUGGUGAACUGGAGACCAAGCUUUAUAAGGGGGACAUUGUGCCUACCAGUGGUGGAGGUGCACAAGUCCUGUUUAAUGACGUUGAGUGCCUUAAGCAGAUGUCCCCAACUGCCAGGCGGAAAAGGAGUGGCGUCAAUGAGGAGGAGCGAACGUGCGAGGAGAUUGGCGAGAGUAAGAGAGCCAGAGUUUUUAAUUAAUUUUAAUAUUUUUGGGUGGAGAGGUUGGGAAUUUCGGACUUUUUUAAGGACCAUCUCAAAAUCGAAGGCAAAUUGCAUCAUUUUUUUUCUAAUCUGUCUUGGAAAAAACUCUUGACGAAAAUUUCCAUGUCCGUCUUAGAUUCAAAUAUGUCUCUUAAAAAUGCAGUUCUAUUUUAAUAAACGUAAGUAUUUUGUACUAGUGAUGAGUCAUUGAUAUGGGCUUGGAAAAUGACAAUGUUUUGAAUACUCUUUGUAAUAGUAUUUACAAAAAUAAAUUAAUCACUAUUUAA